ACCAGACCUGUCAUCAUGCUCGCACAAUCACUCAGAGCCUCUCGCUCGUCGCUUGCCCGCGUCGCGAGACAGCAAGCUACCGGGCUGACCACCAAGCGCACAUUCGUCGCCUCCGCCAUCCGUCAAGCGGACCUCAUCCAGGACCUCUACCUCAAGGAGCUCAAGGCGUACAAGGCGCCCGCGGUCAAGGCCAGCGACGCCGAGGGCCACGUCCUGAAAUGGAGCCCACCCAAGGCUCCCAAGUCCCCCGAGGAGACUGAUAUCGCGAACGAGCUGAAGGCGUACGAGGCCAGCACGGUGGAGGUCGAGGGCCAAUCCGCGGACGGCACCCCGGAGAAGGAGCUCGACUGGUUUGAGGAUGGACUGUUGGAGGAGGAGGAGCAUGCGGCUCACUAGAUUUAGAAGGGGAGGAUCCUUAAUGAUGCGUGCGUGAGCAU